UCAGGGAUUAUGAAAGUUGCUGGGUGGGAACUCAAGAAAGCUAAAACCUAUGUAACGAUACCUGAAAACAGUUAGGUAUCUCGGUGUUAUGUGACUACUUCUAUAACAGUGGACUUUGAAGUUUUGUCAUGAAGUUAUUUAACCCCACGUAGUGUUUUCGGCGACACCGGGAGUCUCGUUUCACAAGUUAGCUUACCGGCUAAUGGCUACUGACAUUUGACUAAUACACGGGACAUGAGGGGGCACUGAGAGGAGUGCCGAGCAGGGCAUCAACAUGACUGCAAACCAGGCGUGACAGGUGACUGUGGAAGGAGGAUAAACAUGAUUCAAGCACCGGGCAGAACCACCAACUUUUCGGAGGGAGACCUAUGGAAAGACCCCUCUGCCCUCUCAUCCAGCAUGUCCAUUGAUAAACUCCUACCGGCUCUCCUGGAGUGCUUUGGGAUUAUAUUAUGUGGAUACAUCGCAGGGAGGGCGAACAUCAUCACGUCCACCCAGGCCAAAGGAUUAGGGAAUUUUGUGUCCAAAUUUGCCCUUCCAGCGCUGCUGUUUAAAAACAUGGUACUGCUGGACUUUGGUAAUGUCAUCUGGCCAUUCCUGUGGAGCAUCCUCAUCGCCAAAGUGUCUGUGUUUUUCAUUGUCUGCGUCCUCACGCUGAUAGUCUCCAGUCCUGAGAGCCGCUACAGCAAGGCUGGGCUUUUCUCAAUAUUUGCCACCCAAAGCAAUGACUUUGCUUUGGGAUAUCCCAUUGUUGAAGCCCUGUAUAAAAGCACAUACCCAGAGUACCUCCAGUACAUCUACCUAGUUGCACCUGUGUCCCUGAUGCUUCUAAAUCCCAUCGGGUUUGCCUUCUGUGAGAUCCAGAAGUGGAAGAAUCAGGGGAACCACCAGCAGAGUAAACUCCUAAUCGUGGGACUUGUAGUCUUGCAGGUCCUGAAGAACCCUAUAGUUUUCAUGGUUGUCAUCGGCAUCAUCGCCCACUUUGCCCUGCACCAGACAAUUCCUCCCUUCAUGGCUGAAUUUGUGGACGGCUUGGCCAACUCUUUUGGGGGAGCAGCUCUGUUCUACUUGGGUCUGUCCAUGGUGGGACAGUUGGGAAAAUUAACCAGAUCCACAGUUGUGACACUGAUUUUACUCAUCACAGCAAAACUGUUGCUGAUGCCGCUGAUCUGCAAGGACAUGGUGGAUCUGUUGGACAACAGCAACAGCAGCGCUUUGAACCACUCAAGCCUCUCCAAUUAUGCCUUUCUCUAUGGAGUGUUUCCCACAGCACCAAGUGUGGCCAUCUAUGCCGUCUAUUAUAAUGCUGAGCUAGAAGUUAUAACCGCUGGGAUGGUGAUCAGCACUUUUCUCUCUGCUCCAAUAAUGUAUGUUUCUGCCUGGUUACUUACAAUGCGCUGGAUGGAUCCUCAGCUUCUGAUGAAUUCACUGCAGAAUGUCAGCUUUAACAUAAGCAUAGUGAGCUUGGUUGUUCUGGUGUGGACAAUUACUGUCAUGUUUUUAAGUAAGAAAUUCAAGAGGCUGCCUCACAUGUUUACAGUCAACCUUUUUUUGGCACAGUUUCUAACUUGUGUUGGGAUGAUCCUGUGGAACUUUGUGGUGAAAGAAGACAGCUUCGUCAUGCAGGUCCUGACGUUCACAUUAUUAUGUACCUCACUCUACAGUACCUAUGUUUGGCCAGGUUUAAUAGCACUCUCUCUUGUGCUUAUGAAGGGUUUUGAGGAUGUGAAAGUUUCACCAGGCAUGUUUGUCAUUGCAGGCUGGGGGGUUCCAGCCUCAGUGACUGCUGUGUUGCUCAUUUCUGGACAAAGAAUGUCUGACACAAUUGACUCUGCUUUCUUUUACGGCAAACCACAGAUAAUCUGUACCACAGUUGUACUUGCCUUUGGUAUACUGCUGGGAGGGAGCUCUCUUGUUUGUCUCAGUAGAGGAAGCUGGGCCCAAAAUGACCAAACCCAAGAGGAAGACUCAGCAGAGGCUCUUGUGACUGAGGUUGACCCAGAAAACCAGACUCUGUUUGAGCCAGUCACAUCAUCUGGAGAUCCCAACGGAGCGUGCCUCAUAUGUGACUGUGCACCAACCCAGCCCAUGCCUGACAUGAUCAUCAGCACAAAUGUGAACAACACACCAACCACACUCACAGGUCAGUGUGAGAACAGCUGCGUGUCCACAGACUGCCUGCUUGCCCGAGUGGAGGAGCUCCAACAGGUUGCAGAUAGACAAGUGGCCCGUCAUGUGCUCUUAUGUCUGCUUCUGACUGUCAGCUUGCUUGCUAACCUGUCCAGCUGCUUGUGGUUGCUCUUCAAUGCUGUUCCUGGUAGACUCUACCUGGAGCUGCAGUUCUUCUGUGCUGUGGCCAACUAUGGACAGGGUUUUCUCUCCUUUGCUCUGUUUGGACUGGACAAGCAUUUAAUUAUACUGCCGUUUAAGAAGAGGUUAUACAGUCUGUGGCAUGGAAGGAAGCAAGAACAGCAACCGGAGACUGAUUUACCCGAGGAAAUCAGGAUGACUUGCACUCAGUUCACCAAAUACCACAAGGAUCAGUGUUUCAUUGACAUUGUCAAAAAAAGAAGGUGUGGGAAGAGGACUCAGGUGGACUGUUUUCUUGGCUGUGAACUUGUGGAGUGGCUCCAGCAGGUGGGCUUGGCUCAGGACCAAGGUGAGGCGGUACUCUAUGGGACACGGUUAGAGCAGGGUGGCGUGCUCCAGCACAUCAAGCAGGAACACGGCUUUCAAGACAGCCGCCUUUAUUACCGCUUCAUGACAUAAGACACAAAGCAGAUAUUUCAUGACAUGACAUGUCAAGUACAUCUUCAGGUGCAGCAACAGGAAGAGCAUGCCUGAUCUUUAAAUAGUACCUGCACCCAAACUGUAAAUUAUAUUUGCACUGCCAUGCUUUGUGCACACCCUGCACAGUACAGCCCUUUACAAUGCAGUAUUGUGCAGCGUAACAUCCCGUCGAGUGCUGGAACACACCACAGCUGACUGUGAUUUUGAGUGUGUUCAGAGGAGCGUGAACCUUGAAAAAGGCCAGUGUGUAAUGCAUUGCGUGGAGUUGAUCUUAAAGGGCAUUUGCAUUUUUAUGUCUUAGUUUUGCAGUUUUACUUUUAAUAUUUCACUCACCAGGAUAAUUGUUGAGAUUUUGAGUUGUGGCAACAUUGCUACAGCAGUCACUCAGGACAGAAACAAGAGCUGUCAGAUGAUAAUAAACAUAUAGUAAACCCUCUAUUUAACUAGAUUAUCAGCACCAUUUAUUUUGAGGUAAAAGCCACAGUGGGAGUGCCUGAAAUGUCACUUAUAGUCCCUUUUAUCAAUGUGAGGACACGUAACCUUAGAGUUUAAUGAAGUCCAUCAUAAAAUUCAAACUAAUAUCAACAACAGACAGUAAUAAUUCUAAGAUUUGACAGUUUUCCUUGCAAGUUAACAUUGUACAGUUUUUUUAUGCCAAACUGUCAGUUUUCCUUGCGCUGUUUAACCCUGUUGUAGUUAUGUUGCUGCAUCCUUUAAUCUGCGAUGAAGCUGGUGAGUAAAAUUUUAACUUAACCAAAAAGAACUGACAACCAAAACUGUAAAAUAAGAUGUUUUCUUUUAAUGUGCAUUUUCAAUAAUAACAUAACAGGUGUUGCUGAUUUUAAAAGGGACUGACUUUGCUGCUGCUUUUUUAAAAGGAUUUUAUGCAGUUGACGUAUAGACUUGGACUUUUGGUUGUGUUAUGUUGUGUCAUUGUGUGAGAAAUUAUGCACAAAGAGCUCUCCUAAUAGAGUGUAUUUGUGGUGGGCAAAAAAUGUUACACUUCUGCUGAAUGUAUUCCUUUACUGAGACAUUUCAGAGUGAAUUACUCUGACUCUUACCAAAGCCACAUGCCAAAAUAAAAAAAGGGAAGAUGUGGUUCAAUCUGCAUCCAUUUUAAGAGUUUGUUUUUAGUCAGUUUCGUUUAUGAUUAAGUUUGUUUCACCACUUAGUUAACUGGUAAUGUAGCAUGAAGCAUGGUUUUUGAUAAUCUACAGUUUAAUAUGACUUGGCACUGAUGUAGAAAUGUGAUUCAUCAAGGCUGUUGGUGGUUUCCCUGCCAGUUCGAAGAAGAAAAUCAAGUAUUUUCCAUGUUGCAAUGAUAAUUGCCACUUAGAAAUUAAAAAGCCAUUAAUAAGAAGUGAACUUAGGCAGUGUUAAUGUUUGUCCUUACCUGAAAGUGAUCACAUUAACAUUGAAAAUGAGCUGCUGUAAUUCUUUUUUUUCUCUCAGGUAUUGAGUAAUGCAAGUAGAAAUGUAAAUACAUUAUUUUUGUUUAUUAUUAAUUCAAUCAUGUUAAGAAAUCUGGUGUAAAAGUGGUCUUUUUUUUUUUUUUUAGAAAAGAUACUAAAAUAUAAUGUAUAGCACACAAAUUCUGUCAAAGGGACUAUAUUUAUUAUUGUGCUGUUCUUUUAAAAUAAAUUUCAUCACAGAACCCUGAAACAUGUAGCACGUAAUGAAUUUGUUAUUUUCUGCAAUGAUUUGAUACAUAAAG